GAACACAUUGCCAAACAGUUAAAUAAAAAAGUAACGAGUAAAAAUUUAGCACCACCACCGGCAUCAACUUUGGUGCUAAAAAAUUUGGAAAUUAUAUCGAGCGGAGAAUUUGAUGAUCUGGCAACUAUUGAUGGUAUGGCUGCAACUCUGGUCACACUUAUACUGCGCGGCACUGGCAUAACUAACUUUAAUUUUGAUUUAACCGCAUACGCCAAGCUGGAAUUGUUGGACCUUUCCGAAACCCCAGGACUUAGAAAGUUCGAGCCUUCAAACGCGCUACCUGCUACAUUGAUGAAUAUAUUUAUGAAUGGUUGUUCAUUGGAUAAAUUUAGUCCCAAGACAAUGGGUUACUUAAUUAAAGCUAGUUCAGUGGGCCUAGCAAUCGCCCAAUCGGCCAGAUAUGGGUGCUAUUCCGGCACAAUACCUGGAUGUAAGUGUACAUCAGGCCCGAGCGCCGGCGACUAUGUAUACAAAUCAACCCUUCAGUGCACCGAUAGUGUGGGUCCGGCCGAGGACUUUGGCGUAAGCCUAUGGAGAACUGGUGGCUAUUAUUUCGACAACUUUGUGGUGGAGGGCUAUCCCAACGCCAGACUCCCUGACCGGCCGUUUGUCGCGCAGACUGUUAUCAAACGCGUGAUAAUCCGGGACUCAAAACAGUUGGAGGCGUUUGGAUCCGGAGCCGAGCCGGGGGUCAGUUUGUUCACUAAUCUGACCCCUGGUUUGGCAACACUUAUAAUCGCUAACUGCCCGUCCAUUCGGGAACAGGAAUGGCCCAGUAUUGCCAAACAACUGGCCGGUCAACGAGGGGUUAACUCUACCGACAUGGAUGUGAUAGGUCUGCAGCACCUGGUGGUAGUGAACAGUAAACUCGAUGAUAUAAGCCUGAUCCAGGACCUGGCGCCCAAUCUGGAGACACUGUCCCUAAGAAACACUGGCAUAACUAGUGUUAAACAUGACUUUAGACCGUACUCUAGGCUACGAGUACUGGACCUGUCGGACACACCGGGCCUUAAGAGGUUUGCUAUCACUGGCCAGUUGUCGCCCACUUUGCAUAAUGUAUUGCUAAACAACUGUGAUUUGCGCACGUUUAAUCUGGCCACUUUAGAACAAUUGACCAUGGUUGAUUUUGUAGCCCUAGCAGGCAAGUGA